GGGAAAAGCCAUCGUAUUCCACCACCCACGAACGAAACCCACUUCACAUCCCGCGCAAGUUUAGAAAACAAAGCACAUCUAGAGUUUGCUAAUGCCUACUGGUGUGUGCUGUCCGUAGUGACGUCGAAAUGUCACAGCCAAUUCCGGUAGACAUUCUGUCCGACUCCGAUUCCGAAGGCGACCGGCGGCAGAGUUUCAUUAACGAUGCCAUAGACCUAACUACUCCGCCGCCCUACCCCCAAUCGAAGAAGAAACAAAGGAUAGAAACAUUUUCAAACCCUAGUAAUUCAAACGUCCUCAUCAUUGACGAUGACCCCACGCCAUGUAAAAAAAACCCGUCUACCUCAGGCCCUGCGUCCUCAACUCCUUCAUUCGUCGCUGAGACGCCGUUCUCUGAUGCCUCAAUCGUCAAAUGUUCCACAAGAAAAUGUUCAUUUUCCGUUGAAGAUUUUGCUACCGAGCAACUUGUAGUUGCUGACACUCCAAUGUCUGAGCUUUUGAAGUCUAAAGUCUUGCUGACUAAACGUGACGUAGGAGUCCCUGAUAGUGACAAUGCAUAUGUGAUGUCAAAGCCUAAAUCUGCUGCCUUAAUAUGUGAUGGUAAUCAAGUAAUGACGUUUUCAGAAGCCAGUGGAUUCAUAGCCCUGGAGUCAGAUAACGAGUCUGAAAAUCUUGGUGGAAUUGGAGCUUCGAAACUUGAUGAAAGUGGGUUUGCUUUUAAAUCGACAGAUGAGCUGGAAUUUGACUCUAGAAAUGCGGAGUCCUCAUUUUCUCUUGGCACUUCAGUGCAAUUCCAGAAGAAACACUUGCAGACUCCAGUUACAGUGCACAUAUUAGAUGGGUGUUCAAGUCCAGGUGUCAUGGAAGAUGGCAUAUUUGUGGCAUGUGAUGACGCUGAUGACAAUGCUUGUAAAAUAGACUCCCCAGACCAAAUCUCGAGUCAACAAAACAACACUGUGUGCUACGUGAAAGGGAAAAAGAAAGCAGAUGUAAUAGUUAAACCAAAGAGACCAUCAAAGGAGGAGAGACUUCGUCUGAUGGAAGAAAAGAAAAGGCUCAAAGAACAAGAGAAAAUGGCCAAAGCUGCUUCGAAGGCUGAAGCCGCUGAAUUGAAAAAAUGCAAGAAGGAAAUGCAGAAAUGGGAAAAAGGAAAAUAUGCUCUAAAAUCCAUUGUAGCUGAAAUUGACAAAAAUGUGGUUGAACUUGGAACGAUUGGAGGAUAUCUGCUCACAAGGUUUGGAGAAAAAGGCAUUUCAUAUCGUAUAACUUCCAAUCCGGUGAAAAGAACGAUUAUCUGGAAUAUGGUUGUUCCUGAAGAAAUUGCUAUGAUUGCAUCUGAGCGAAUUGAAAUCUCUUAUGUUUUGAUUGUAUAUGAGGCUGAAGAGUUCUGCAACCUUGUUAUGAACGAAUCUCUUGCGGAUCAUAUUCAGAGUGUUCGAGAUCGAUAUCCUCACCAUACUAUAUGUUACUUAACCAAUAGGCUUAUGGCUUACAUCAAUAAAAGUGAUCACGCAAAGUACAAGAACCUUGCCAACCACAGUAGUUGGAAGCUCCCAGCUAUAGAGAAGGUCUUGGCAGAAUUAGCCACACAUUAUUUUGGAGUGCAUUCAAGGCAGUGUGUUGAUGAAGCUGAGUUAGCAGAGCAUGUAGUUGGUUUGACUUGCAGCCUUGCCUCCUGCCAGUUUAGGAAAAAGUUGACACGUUUAUCAGUUAAUGCAAAUGGAUCCAUUAUCCCUAAAGACUGCGCUGAGAAGAAUUUACUAAAGAAGAACUUGUGGCUGAAGGCGCUGGUAGCUAUCCCUAAGGUGCAGCCGCGGUUUGCGAUCGCUAUUUGGAAGAAAUACCCAACAAUGAGAUCUCUUCUGAGAGUUUACAUGGAUCCUACUAAAUCUGUAUACGAGAAAGAAUUUCUGCUCAAGGAUCUGACAAUCGAAGGCUUGUUUGGCGAUGAUAGACGAUUGGGUGAGGUUUGUUCCAAGAGAAUCUACAGAAUACUUAUGGCUCAAAGUGCAAACAUCAAAACAGACGAUGUUGAGAAUGGUGCUGGUUUCUUUAGCAAUCACUCAGCUUAGUUUUAAUGGGCCGGUGGACGACCCAGAGGUGAGGAGGAGGAAGAGGGUAGCUGGCUACAACAUGUAUGGUAUAGAAGCGAAGCUCAAAUCCUCAUUGAGCAGCAGUUUUAAGUGGAUCAAGAGCAGGUUUUCAGACAACUAUCCUCAUACUUGAGAAAGUUUUGUGCCAUAAGUGUAUAUUUAUCAAGUUUGUUGUAUGCCAUUCAAGCUUGUGGUGUUGGGCUUUUUCUUCACCUUUUUUUUUUUUUUUUUNU